AUGGUGGGACUAGCUCAACCAAUGCCUAAGAAGGUGUCAAGGAGCCAGCUCGACCACAGCUCGAUCGAGCUAGAAACCAGGGCAACUCGAUCGAGCUCAACUCGACCAAGGGACCAAUCUAAGAUGUUGAGAGGUGAAGGAAGCAAGCAGCGUUCACAAGGAGGAGAUGAUAAGAGGAGCAAGGAGGAUACUCAAAACACAAACCAAGGAGGACAUAGAAGAGGUUGA